AUGUCCGACCUCCCACCGAGAGGUCGGGGCGCGAGGCCCCCGGCAGCUUCAUGCGUCAGGGGUAGCACCACCAGCAAUACCACCAUCGACCCUACCUCGACUAGGGCCACAUACUCGACAGUUGUGCCAGCUCGAUCUCGCCACACGUCGCCUCGCCGCAGGUCCCGUUCCACCACGGGUUCCGCCCAUUCGUCCGCAGAUGAGUCUGACUCAGGGACGGCCCAACCCCAGGAGAUGGAGGUAGAGGGCACUCAGGGAGGGGAGGAGGUCUCGAGGGACCCCUCCGUCGACCUUCUCUUAGGUCAAUACGCCUUGAAGUUCCGAGACACGGUCGAGGAUCUUCCUGGUGAUCUCGAGGUAUUGACCACCUCCAUUGCAAAGGCCACAGACUGGGUUCUGCGGGCCGCGCACCACAAUCUGCUCACCAUCGAUGGGGGCGAUGCCUUCGUGGCCCAGAUGAUGUCCUUUGUGAACGCUGUCAUGGCCACUGACUUUAGUCGUAUUCGCGGACCAGGCGACCUCGACAACUUCUCGCUCGCCUCUCUCCUCGAGGCUGAGACGUCUUCCAAGGACGAGCCGACCAUCCACCCGGCUCCCGUAUUCAGGCCUCCUCCUCCUGCUGCCCAUGGGCCGCUCGACGAGGGUGUCGCUGGCGUAGGGGCCCCGCCCGACGUCCUCAUGCAGGCUUUGGACGACCUUGGUCGUCCGGCCUCCCCUCCUCGCAUCCCCGCUUCUAAGAAGCGCAAGGGUGUUGAUCGCCCGGUCCCACCUCCUCCUCAGAAGAAGAGCAAGGUGGCCUACUCUCGCCCUGGUCCGCCUCCGCCGAUCAAUCGCGCCACCAAACCCAAGCCCCGUCCAACGACGUGGGCAGGGAUUGCCAAACAGGCCGCUCCGAUGCCUCCCCCGCCUCCUGGCUUGGGACCGCAACGUCGUGGGCCUUCCCCUCCCCCCUCAUUCCCAACGGGUCCGAUGAAGACUUCACCUCAUCGGUCCGUUCCUUCUUUUACUUCCGAGGGCCCCACCCGGAAGCAGGUUCUCGUGUCGUUCGGGGGUACUCCUCCUGACCUCACGAAAUUCUUCACCGAGUCGGCUGUCCGUGCAGCCAACGGGUACCUCAGGGAUGGUCGAUCUAUGCUUAAGGUCACCUCCAUCGUUCGCGCCUACGACGGUUUGUCGUUGGUCACCCCCGCUGUUGCCAGUCCGUCCGAUCUGGACAUCCUCGAAAGCCUCCCGAAGAGUACUCCGUUCGAGGUUGCGCUCCCGUCGUCGACGUCUUUCAUAAAGAUCCUCGACGUUCCCUACUUCGAUCCGAAAGGGUUGAAGAUUACCCAGGAGGCGCUUGAGAAGGCCCUCCGUACCUCGGUUCAUGCUGAGGUCUUUGCAUAUCUGAGCACCAAGCCUCGGAUCGACCGCAACUCGGCACACUCGACAUCGUGUACCGUGUAUUGCAACAUCUGGGACUCCCAGCAGGGAACCCGCGCCAAGAAGGCCCUUGGCCAACCGAUCUUCCUCGCUGGACGGUCCUGUGCUAUCAGGCCUGCCGCACGUCACACCGGGGUCCCGCUCUGCCAGCGCUGCUGGAAGUGGGGCCACCCCACCGUCGCCUGCAAGGCGAAACAACUUUCCUGCCCCAUCUGUUCGGGUCCACACGAGCAGAAGGAGCACCAUCAACAUGCGGGAUGUUGCAAGGGCAACGCGAAAGCGAAGCCUCCUGUGCCGCCCACCCCUCGCGACCAGCCCUGCCCCCACAAGGGCCGCUGCGUCAAUUGCCACAAGGACCACGCCGCCAACUCGGCCUCGUGUAAGUUCUGGGCCCAUCGCUACGACCGUGAGUGGAUCAUGGCCGAGUAUCGUCAGACUAAUGUUGGGAAACCAGCAGGAUCUAACUAUAUUUACUCCAUUGAGCACCUCGCUACUCGUGUGCAUUCUCUACCACCUUUCAUUUAUAUGGCUGGUGACUUUAACUGCGUGUCGACGACUUGGGAUGACUAUGAGCAUGGCGAGUCGUCGACAGCAAUAUCACUGCGGGAUACCGCAUCUCAGAUCGGCCUCGAUCCCGAACCGCCCGGAUCUGGGCGACGGGUAAUUAAACCCGGAAGUGAGGCUGAGAAGUCUUUCAUUUUGGAUAUUCUACGGGAUCUUGCGGCUAUUCCUGUCGCAGCCCCAGCAACCAAGGAAGGUGUUGAAGCUCUAGCUGAUGCUAUUGCGACAGCAUUCUCGGACGCGUGGUUUGCCCACUCGACCGAGUCCAAACCUACCAAGCGCUCCAAGUCCUGGUGGACGGACGAGUGCUCAGAGACAUUCAGACGCCCAUGGGACCUAAUGGAAUGGGUCAAACAGCGCAAGCUACCACCCUGUGAGGCUAUUCGCAAUGACGACCAGCCCUGCCACGAUAUGGACGACCUUUGGGACGCCCUACACGGCACGUACAACUCGGCCUCUGGUCGCGAGUACGACGCCUCAGUAUUAGACGAGCUUCCUGAUGAGCCAGACCGGACCAUGCUCAAGGAUAAACACGUCCUUGCGCUCUUCAUCGUGUUGGCCAAUGCUUGCCUUCGGGUGGGUCAUUGGCCACGUAUAUUCAAGGAGUCGCUAUCGGUUAUCGUUCCGAAGCUGAACAAGCCCUCCUAUUCCGUCCCGAAGGCCUUCAGGCCAAUCGUACUCCUCAUCACUUUCGGUAAACUUAUCGAAAAGAUGAUUGCCAAUAGGAUACAGUUUGACGCCGUCAAGCAUGAUAUCUUCCAUCCUAACCAACUUGGCGGUAUCCGCCAGAGGUCAACUGAGGAUGCUGGAUUGAUUCUGACCCAUCUCGUGCGAGCGGGGUGGGUUAAGGGUCUCCAGACUAGCGCGCUGGCUUUUGACAUCGCGCAGUUCUUCCCUUCUAUCAACCAUGAGAUGUUCAUGGCUGUUCUUCGCAAGCAAGGGUUUUCGCCUGUUUUGGUGGAAUUCUUUGCCUCUUACCUUGUAGGCCGGUCCACAGUUUACUGUUGGAACACCUUCCAAUCCGACUCACGGUCCGCGGACGUGGGUGUCGGGCAGGGCUCUGCUCUCUCGCCUGUUAUCUCUGGGCUGUUCAUCGCUCCGGUAAUGAAGCUCUUCUACAUCAAAGCGGCGCCGCUCAACAUGACGCUGCUGUCUUUUGUGGAUGAUGGGACCAUUCUGGCCCAAUCGAAACAACUUGAUGAUAAUAAUGUGGGCCUGCGUAAGGCCUACAAAAUUAUCUACCUUCUCUUUGUUGCUUUCACGCUCGUUCUUGAACACGACAAGACCGAGCUGUUUCACUUUUCGCGUCGCCGAGACGCUUACAAUCCCUCGCUGGAUUUGGGGUACGCCCCUCAUACCGGUGCCACACCUUUGAAACCUAAGACCUAUUGGAGGUACUUGGGCUUCUACUUUGACCGCGGGCUCACGUUCCAUGAGCACGUUCGCUACUACGCCACCAAGGCGUUCACCACCCGUCGCCUCUUAUAUCGAUCGUGUGUGGUCCCUAUUGCCACAUACGGUUAUCGUCUCUGGUAUUUUGAUGGCGCCCGCAAUAAGGGCGCGAUGAACCAGCUAAAACGGAUGCAGCGAAAAGCUGCUCUAUGGAUCACGGGUGCAUUCCGCACCUCACCCACAGGCGGUCUUGAGGCCCUCGCUGGCCUCAUCCCCGUCCAUCUCAUGCUGAAGAAGUUGGCGACGCGCGCAGUGUAUCGCAUCGCUACCCUCUCAGACACUCACCCCCUCCGCUCUAUGAUGGGCGAGGGACUCCUCAAGCGAGCUGCACCACACGCUCGCUCUGCAGCCUUGAUGACCCCAGCCAUGCGGGGGAAAGUCAAGAGCACUGUCAUGGAAGUGGACGAGCGCGUCCACACUCUAACUGAGAGCUUCGAGCCCUUUGCGCCCGAAGCUCGUCCAGGCGACCGGUUACUGGACCGCUAUGCGGACCGUCUCCAUUUUGACGAGCUACUGGCUGCAACUGAUGGCUCUGUCCCUCAGUCCAACCAGUAUCAGGUGGCUUCGGCUGCUAUAAUCUACAAGGGACAUCGCGAGCUCGAGAGGACUCGCUAUGUCUCUGGCAGAGUUACCGCCCCAGAUGCGGAACUCAAUGCCAUCUCAGCGGUCGACCCCGGCGUGCAUUCUGGUCAGGCUUUCAGCCUGUCAGUUUGUCGCGUUCUUAAAGAGUGGUUUGAGGCGGACGAUCUCCGUCGCGUAACCUUCGUGUACGUCCCUUCUGCUCUGCGGUGGGACAUCCAUGGUGAGGCACACAAGUACGUCACAGAGCUCAAAGUCAGGGUUGGACGUCGUAAGACGGACAACUCCAUAGACGCGCUACGUUCUCGAGCGGCGCACUCAGUCUUGGAUUCGUGGAGUUCCACUUUCCAAGAUCCAACCUACCGAGGCUCUGAAUUUUUAGAGCUUCAACAGCCUGACGGGCGGCCGCUACAGCCAUCGUACCUCAAUGGGGGACCUUGGCUCUCAACAUUCGGACACAGUAUUACUGAGUUCGCCCGCGUCUGCCGGUGUAUUACUGGCCACGCGCCCAUUGGAGCGUAUUAUCGUCGCUUCAAGAUCAACGAGCCUCACGGCUGCACUUGCGGGGCUGCUUUGCAGUCCCGCCAGCAUAUCCUCUUUCGCUGUCGCGAUAGAUAUUCUGUACACUAUCCCCGGUUUCUCGGGGAUAUUGCAUCGUUUAUGAAGUACAACCCCACAGCGUUUGGCUUCAACCGGGACCCCUCGGGUGUCGGAUAA